GAGACGGCUGGAGAUGCGGGCCGGAAGGAAAGCCCCUGGCGGCAGAGGAUCGGGCCCCGGAGGGUGCUGGGGACCGUGAGGAAGCCAGGUUCCAGGCCGCUCGGGCGACUCUGUCAAGACUGCCGCGCGUCCUAAGGCGCAGGAUUCGCGCUUGGUCUCGGGCUGGGGGCCAGGAACCACGGCCGAAGCUGAGGUGCCAAGGAGAUGGAUGAGACUGUUGCUGAGUUUAUCAAGAGGACCAUCUUGAAAAUUCCCAUAUCUGAAAUGAUGACAGUCCUAAAAGCCUGGAAUUUUUUGCCUGAAAAUCAGCUGCAGACCAUAAAUUUUCGGCAGAGAAAGGAAUCUGUCAUUCAGCACUUGCUUCUGCUGUGUGAGGAAAAGUGUGCAAGCAUCAAUGACGCGGCCCUUUUAGACAUCGUUUGUACUCAAGUUCAUCGGCAUAAGAAAAUUUGGGAUGUUUUUCGCAUGAGUAAAGAACCAGGUGAUGAUGUUGACCUUUUUGAUAUGAAUCAGUUCAAAAGUUCAUUUAAGAAAGUUCUUCAGAGAGCAUUAAAAAAUGUGACAGUCAGCUUCAGAGAAACAGAAGAGAAUGAGGUCUGGAUUCGAGUCGCCUGGGGCACACAUUAUACGAAGCCACAGCAGUACAAACCGACUUACGUGGUGUAUUACCCCCAGACGCCAUAUGUCUUCACCUCUUCCAGGCUGACACGCAAUAUAACCUUGCUGGGUCAGGCCCUGACAAUUGCUAGCAAACACCAUGAGAUUGUGAAAAUGGACCUGAGAAGCCGCUACCUGGACUCUCUGAAGGCUAUUGCUUUUCAACAGUAUAAUCAGGUGUUUGAAAUUCACAACUCUACGUUACCACUACAGGAAAGAAGGCUUGCACUAGGUAUAAAUAGUAUGUAUUCAAGGAUCAUUCAUGAAAACAGAGUAGAAAAAGAGAGAGUACAAAGAAUAACUCAAGAGAGUUUUGGAGACUAUCCUCAACCACAACUAGAAUUUGCACAGUAUAAGCUUGAAACGAAGUUCAAAAGUGACGUAAAUGGGGGCAUCUUGGCUGAGAGGAAAGAACCCCUCCGGUGCCUAAUAAAGUUCUCUAGCCCACAUCUUUUGGAUGCAUUAAAAUCCUUAGCCCCAGCUGGUAUUGCAGAUGCGCCACUUUCUCCACUGCUCACUUGCAUACCCAAGAAGAAAAUGAACUAUUUUAAAAUUAGAGAUAAAUAAGACACAUGGUUUUAUAAGCACGUCAGCUUCCUCACUUUACUACACAUGCAUUUCAGCUAGCAGCUAGUUGUAUAGCUUGUCUGUAAACCUGUAUUUUAGAAGUUCGUCCUUGGUAUUGAAAACUUAGAUAUGUUCAUAUAAUUGAUGGGACUGAUUUCUUUCCUCCUCCAUGAUGUGCCCCCUCUCCCCCAUAUCCUGCUAAGUGUAGCAGUUGUGGGCAUUUGCGAUGUGACGGGGUAUGUAUGUGGUUCCACACUUGACCUUGAGGGCCUGAAUGCUCUGAAGUUAAGCAUAUGGUUCCCUGCUUGAGACUGCUAGACAUCAUGUCUCGUAUCUUGUUAGUCACUCCUGCCUCUCCUGAAUCCUGGGGAAAUCUGGUUCCAAUUUCUGGUUUCCAGAUAUUUUUUCUUAACCCUUGGGUCACAGAAAGAAGCAUCAAGAAACUACAUCCUACUCAUGAAACUACAUCCUACUCAAACGUUUUUUUUAGGAAAAUCACAAAAUUGGUCUAUUCACAGGGUAGAGUUGGGUCCACUAAAUCAGUUGAUACAGGAGAGUGUGUAUUCAGUGAUCCAGUUAUACAAAAUUAUGUUCUUAUUGUAAAUAUACUUUCAUAAUCUGUCUUGUCAUAUGUGUGGCAUUCAUACCAAUUUUAUACUGACUUGUGAAUAAAGAUAUUGAGAAACUGGUAAAUCAGGUACUUCUGAUGAAAAAUCUUUCAGUGAUCAUCACUGAAUAGCAUGUCCUUUUAUAAAAGAUUUUAAAAUCUAUUGCAUAUCUUGUUCCAGAGAGAGUUUGGGGUUAUGAAAACACAUGUUACAAUUAUAAAAUUAAAAGCUGAGGAAAUCUGGGCAGAUGAGAAGACAAAAAAGACCAUAGCAAAGCAGAGCUGGAGUAAGAUCACUACAUGAGAAUGGACAAGUGCCUCUUCAGUUGCUAGAAGCCUGGAAAUUCACCAAGGAGUUUGUCGGUGGCCAAAGCAGAGAAGAAAACACCAGUUUGUGAAUAAAAAUCUUUAAACUGGUA